CCCACGCACGCCACGUCCCGUCGCGCUACGCCACGCCGAGCCAAAAGGACGAGGAAGUAGAGGCAUCAGCAGCAGCAAGUACCUCGAAGUUUGGAGUGACAGCCGCGGAUCCUCGGGGCAGGUCCUUGGACCUGGAGCGCGUCUUUCCAGCGAUCUGGGAUCUCCUCUCCCGGAGAAGCGCCGUCCAGUUCCCCGGGUGCAUCCUGGGGCUGGUCUUCCACCUCCCGACCCCGCUUGACCCGCAGCCUCCUCGCCUCCUUCUCAGACUCAAGACCACCAGCCGCAUCCCCCUCCCCCCAAUCCCCCAGUCUGUCUGCUGUGCACGUGACGUGUCUAUGGAGAUGGCUUCUCUAGACUAGCUGCCCCAGGACUACCAUGAUUGAGUUGGUAGCAGAGCUGAGCCGAGGCCCUGUGUUUUUGGCUGGGGAGGCACUGGAGUGUGUGGUGACUGUCACAAACCCCCUAUCUCCCACGGCCACCUCUGCAUCCAGUGAAGCAUUGGCCUGGGCCAGUGCUCAAAUACAUUGCCAGUUCCAUGCCAGUGAGAGCCGUGUGGCACUGCCCCCCCCAGACUCCAGCCAACCAGAUGUCCAGCCUGAGAGCCAGACUGUGUUCUUGCCACACCGAGGUGAGCGGGGUCAGUGUAUCUUAUCUACUCCUCCAAAGAUUCUGUUCUGUGACUUGAGGCUAGACCCUGGAGAGUCCAAAUCCUAUUCCUACAGUGAGGUGCUUCCUGUGGAAGGGCCACCAUCUUUUCGGGGUCAAUCUGUCAAGUACGUCUACAAGCUGACCAUUGGCUGCCAGCGGGUUAACUGCCCCAUCACUUUGCUUAGGGUCCCACUGAGGGUGCUUGUGUUGACUGGCUUCCAAGAUGCCCUUUUUCCCCAGGAUGAGGUUGUGGCUCCAUCCAGCCCAUUCCUGGAAGAAGAAGAAGUAGGCAGAAAGGACUCCCGGCUAGCAGAAUUAGCAGGAGAGUUCCUAAUGGCUGCCACAUCCCGACGCAGUUUGUAUCUGUACAAUAUCAGCGACGGUCGAGGGAAAGUUGGGACCUUUGGAAUCUUCAAGUCCGUGUACAGACUUGGGGAGGAUGUAAUAGGGACCCUGAACCUGGGGGAGGGGACUGUGGCCUGUCUACAGUUCUCAGUGAGUCUACAGACAGAAGAGACUGUCCAACCUGAAUAUCAGAGGCGCCGGGGGGCAAGUGGGACUCCAUCUGUGUCCCAUGUGACUCAUGCCCGACACCAGGAAUCCUGUCUACAUACAACCAGAACUAGCUUCUCUCUUCCCAUUCCACUAAGCUCUACCCCAGGCUUCUGCACAGCCAUUGUGUCCUUGAAGUGGCGACUACAUUUUGAAUUUGUGACAUCUCGGGAACCUGGCUUGACACUACUCCCUCCAAUGGAGCAGCCCAAGCCUGUGGUCUGGACGGGACCGGAACAAGUGCCUGUGGACACCUUCAGCUGGGACCUCCCCAUCAAGGUGCUGCCCACGAGCCCUACGCUGGUUUCCUACGCUGCUCCAGGACCCAGUGCCAGCACCGUCACCAUCUGAUUUGGUCUCUAGAUCCCUACCAUGGCACUUUGGUGCCUAGACACGGCAUGGAAAGACAGACACCAUGGCCCUCUCCUUCCUUUCUGGGGCUGUGCGAGUCUGAGAAGGAACUCCAAGGCAGGCAUUUGGCUGUCCAUUAACUUAUUUAUUUAGAAUAAAUUCACAGCUGCUAGUGGUUUCCCUGGAGGUGGCAGCAGCCGCAGUGGGCAGGCAGGCAGCAGAGUGGAUGGUCAGUAGAACCUAACUGGGAUGUGGUCUUGGGGCCCCAGCAUCAGGGGUAUUGGCUGAGCCCCAUUCAGGGUCAGGAGGGCCUCCCCUGCAGGGUAGGUGUGGAUCAGAUUUUUGCACCAGGGAGAUAUGGCAGGUCCCUUCCUCCCGUCGUACCUCACACCCAGCUGGGAAGUCGAUAGGUUGCUGGGACCUAGAUGAACAUAAUGGGUAAGGAAAUUGCACACUGAGGUUGCUGUCUCUCCCCUACAGCCUUGCCUCCAGUCAAAUUCUAUUUCAUGAAACCUUGUUUUGAAGCAAGAAUAGGACUUGACUUCCACUCUAGACAUUAACUUAUUUGGUACCUCUUCUCUUCCUUACAAUGUAUUCUUCCUUUUCCAUAUACCUUAAUCCCUUUUGUCACAUCUAGUUAAUCUUAUGACAUCCCUGGUCACUUCCCUCCUUUCAUACUUCCCCAUUCCCACAUUAUAGCAAUCCCAGAUCACUUACGUAUCACAGCAACCCACACCGAUGGGAUGUAGGCAGGUGCAGUGGAAACAGUCACUUCGGAGCCAGGAUUCACCCAGGGUAAAAUAUUUUCCCUCAUAGUGACAGGGGGCUGAGGAGGAAUGAGAAAGGUUAGCAAGGAUGGGAUGGCUUAUAAGAAGAACUUUGACUUGAAGUAGGAGAAGAACGAACAUUAAUCUACAAUUUUGGGGGGAGCUGAGGGGAAUUUGUAAAUCAAGUAUUUGUAAAUCCUGAGCAAGGAGAGGGAUGGGUUAAGAAGGAAAAAAGGCAUCUUUUUAUAAAUAAGUAUAGUGGCAAAAAUGGGGCUUAGAUAAUUUCCGUUAAGCCUCCCAGUUUCUUCUGUUUUUCUGUUCUCCCUUCUUCCAUUUUUACCUUGAGCUUGGAAGUAGCAUUUGCUGUGAGCUCCUUGCAGUUGCAGAAGAAGUGAAAUCAUCAAACAGAUGGUUCCCCAGCUUCUCAGGGUCCCCCUAGUCCCCUUAGCCCACUGCCUCAGGGCCAUUCUUGCAAGGCUAAUUUCACGGAUCUGCUUUGCUCUUGCUCUGAACCUCUGUCUUGUCUCCUCUUUUCUGUUUCCCCUCUUAGUCUGUCUCCCCUGGGCUCUUGUCUCACACCAUUCUAUGCCCUCUGCUCUUGUAGGCAUGGGGAUGUUUAUAAAGUGAGGACCCUGGCCCCCUGCUGAGGAGAGCUGGAAAAGCUGUAACUUGGUGUUUCCUGGGGUGAGGGCAUGAAAACAAGAGGUCCAGCUUUUAACAAGCUGUGAGAGCUGAUUCAUGUCCCAGCACAGCUUGGGAGGGGUGGGGGUUGGUGGACAUGGAAGGGGCACUGGCCUGGGCACUUCACCAGUAAAGAGAAGUGGGAGGGGUGGUAGACUGCUAGGUGGUCCCCAGAUCUUUUCCCUGACCUAGGGAGGAGGGAACAUUUUUUCCUUUUCUGUUCCCUCCUUCCCCCAAAGGGGGAGGGUAUAGGGUAUUGGGAUUCCUGCCUGGACCGGAGGGAGGCAUUUCCUGGGGACGGUUAGUUCUGUGUCCUAGCCAAACCAAGGAGCUGCAGUGGGGCACGACGGCCAGAGGCUCCAGGAAAGGGAACUAACAUUGCUGUUGCUACCUGGAGUGAAGAAAGAUAUCUCCCUCACUCCCCUCACCCCCAGGCUGAAAUUGCCCCAGAGAUGAAUUUGCCACCCUCCAGUGGAACUGUUAUCCUUUUCACAUAUCCUUCAAUCUUCUCUUUCAUUCCCCCUUCUCCCCUGUAAGGCUCCCCCUUCCCCAUUUUAAGUCUGCUAGAGGUGGAUCGACUUUUCUCUUAACAGGUGAAACCUUUACAUUCUCCUACAUAAGAGGGAAGGCUCUCAGUUGUCCUGAGAUGAGUUUGUGGUUUCCCCUCUGAGGUAGGGAGUAUUUAUAUCAUCCCAGAGAUGGAUUUUUCUCAACCAGAUGUUUCAAAGAUGUUGCUUCAAACAAGCCUUCCCUUCAAACCUGGUGGGAGUUGUACUAAGCUAGUAUGGACAAACAUACUCAGUGCUGAACAUGGAUAAAGCCAACCCUCUUUAUACCUUCUAGGCUGGGCUAGAAGCUGAAGGUCUUGAGAACAAGGGAAGUGAAGCUCCAAGGUGUCCAUUGUCUUGGUGUUUUGCAUGUACCUUAUUAAACCUCUUAGAAGCCCUCUGCUUAAAGUACAAGAGGACUGGGAGUCACCAAAGACUUGCUAGAACCUUGUAUGUUGGAUCAUAUGUAGUGGACACUGCUCAAGUAGGAUAUCUACAGUCUUGGAGCCUACCACCUUACAGCCUUUAAACAGAAGGGGCUACUCCAUGCAAUUCCUUUGGCUCUAGCUGGCUUUUGGCAGGGUUUGCCCUCCUGUGCUUCAUGUUAGUCAUUUCCUUCAUAUCACUUAUAUUAUUCGUUCUUUCUACCCCAUGUCUCCAAUAUGUCUUGUUUUUCAUCCAUGUGCCAUCACAGAAUUCCUGAAGGUGGGUAGUGGAGCCAUUAUUGAGUAAAGGAAAAAACACUGAAUUUGGAGGCAGAACAUCUGACUUUGAGUCCCAGGUAUAUUGCUAGUUGUGUGGCCAUGGGGUUCUAUGGAUUUCAGUUCCCUUUUAAAGAUGAUCAGGGGAAAGCAGAUGAAUCUGUUAUGUCCCAGCACUGACAUAAUCCUGUGCUAUCACUAUUAAGUUUAUAUUCUGGAGCUGGCUGGCACUGGUCCCUGUUUUCUCCUUGACUUAUUUUAAAUCCUUACCUUUCACUUAGAAUCAAUACUGUAUAUUCCAAGGCAGAAUUGUGAUAAGGGCUUGGGAAUUAAGGGACUUGUCCUGGGUCACACAGCUAGGAAGUGGCUGAGGUCACGUUUGAACACAGGACCUCUCCUGUAGACCUGGCUUGAAAUCAGCUAAGCCUCCUGACUGUCUCCCCUUUGAUUCUUAAGGGAAAGGUUGGUGUAGUCUGAACCUCUGUAACUUGAACCUUCCCCUUCUAAUCCCAAACUUCAAGACAGAAGGAGGUACACUUUUGCCUCUAAUGGACUUUGAUACUCCACUCAUCUUUGAAUUCUGAUUUGAAUUUUGCCUGAUUGACUUUGUUCAAAUCAGUUCUGGAUCAAGUGUUUCUUUGAUCCUAAAUUCCCAUCUCCAGACUCCACUCUCCCUACUUGCAACCCUGCCCCAAAAUACAGCAAAACUAUUCUAUGAAUGCCUGUUUGCCCUCCUACAAGUCACCUGACACUACUUGUCCUAAGACACCUUUCCCUACUUACUGAGCACAACUUUGGAGGUGAAUUUUGAAGAAAUUCCCCUUGCACUUCUAACAAGUAUCUCUUUCCUGACCACCAUCCCUCCCUCCCUCCCUCCCUCCCCCCAAUCUGUCGGCCUUCUCCACAGAUUUCAAGUUCUCUCCUUCAGGAAAAGGCAACUCCCCACCUCUAUAUGGAAGAAAGUUAAAAAAAAUGUCCAGAGGGUGCCAGGUACCAACCUGCAGGUGUCUGUUGUGGGGUAGGAUACACCGAAAUCAGUGAGUGAAUCUAGUCUGGACAUCGGCAAUCCUACUGACCACUACCUGUGACUGGUAGUCUGUGUAGUCUCGAGCUGGGAGACUGGCUAGGUGACUGCUGGCCACCAGCUGGUGCAGCUUGCAGUUUGGGGAAGAGGGGAGAACCUUAAGAGGACCAGAAGUUUGUCUAGGGGGAGCCUGGAGGUCUUGGGUUCUUGCUGGCCUGUAGAAGCAGCCGUUAGCGGUUGGACCUCCUCUGCAGCUGGGGUGGGCUUGACAUUUGUCGAUAUGGAGGGAUGGGAGGAGGAAUUGUAGGGAGUUCCUAUGCCCGAGGAUUGGGCAUCUGCAUUCUAAGAGAGGUUUGGCAGUUGACCCCCCUUGGGGUGGUGGUGCUAGGGUCUCCUAACGGGCAGAGCGUGUGUAGUGUUCCAGGUUGUGACGAGGUUGGCUGCGUGUGCAUGGAGCCAGGGUAAGGGGGGCAGUGUGGCGUCUUAGGUAUCUACAUUUGGGGGUCGAGGUUCAGAACAAUAGCCAAAAGGGCUGCGCUGUGUACCCGAAAAACGUUAGUUGGGGUAGGGCCUUGGCUAGGGGGGGCAGUAGGGGGCGGCUUUAGCACGCGGUCGUAUCCGUGGUGCUGGAGGGAGGGGUGGGAGUGUGAGCUGGCGGUUGGCGCGCCUGGUGCUUAUCCUCCGUGGUGGGGGCUGGGGUGGGGUGGGGGUGAGCUGCUGGUUGGCGCGCGCGGUGCCUGUCCUCGGUGCUGGGGGUUGGGGGUGAGCUGGCGGUUGGCGCGCGCCGGCCCCGCGGGGACAAGGAAAACAUCCGCCGGAGGCCGGGCUGGGCGGUGAUCCAGGAAUACAGGGCAGGUGCGCGGCUGCUGAGGAAGUGAGCACAUUCCGGCCUCCUGGCCUGCAGGCAGGCGGGUCGGCCCUCCGGGUUCUGUUGGUAUUCUGUCCCAUCUGAUAUGAAGUAGGAAGAUCACACUCUGAUUUGGUGUAGACCAAGAAGCAAGCAAACAGAUGAAGAAAUGGUUCCAGUGAAGAAAUGAUUUGCCAUUUCCUUCUCCAGAGAGGUUAAGUGACUUGUCCAUACAGGUAGUACAAGAUGAAAUUCUGACUCGGGUUCUCUGACAUCAAAUCCACUGCUUUUCUGUUACAUUCAGAAAAUUAGGUUACUCCUAUUCUUCUGGUAGGUUUGUAGGCAUCUGUGUGCUUCUUGAGUGUCUAAAACCCAUCAUUAAAAUCCAUUAGAUUGUACUCUUCUGGGUAGCAGGGACAGUCAUUUUUGGACAAGCACAAUACCUGGCACAAAAUUUUGUUUAUGAGUGCUUAAUGUGAUUUUCUUACUCGCUGACUACAGCUAUGUUUAUCUCAAGCUGUUUCUUUCCCUCUGGGUUGCCCUUUCCUUCUUUUCUCUUUCAUUCAAGAUGAAAGUGAUUUGUUUUUGCCUCAUUAGUCAAGAGUGCUGAAUGGAAAAUUCGGACACAACUCAAUAUGGUUUUUGGCUUAGAUUUAUGUAUACAAGAUUUGUCAUAUACCUUUCUUACACACACCGUCCUCCCCCCCCUCUACUGGGAUACCCAUCUGUCAAUAAAUAAAUAAGAAUUUAUUGAAUUGAA